CAGCUUCUCGCCACUUGCAUGACGUUUAAUUCCUCGCUUCACAACCAGCAUCAUCACACGCCAUGGGACCGCAUCCCACAUAAUACGUCAUGCUCGUGUUUCAGGUGCACGAGGAGAUAAGAUGUACUCGUAUUGGGACUCAUGUGGUUGUAUACCACGAUGCAGCAAAACCUCAAGUCAGCCCAGAAACCUCCGACUGUGUGUGGUCUCGAGACUUACAUGGUAAACAAUGGUUGCUCGAACGUAUCCAAAUCCCUAUACCCUUCGAACCCACGGCCGCCCUCGAACAUCCGAUUUCCGCGUCUUCGUUGAAAAGAAUGGAUCCCCUAUCUCUCCCUUCCAUGACAUUCCGUUGUACGCAGACCGAGAAAACCACGUAUUCAACAUGGUGGUCGAGAUUCCAAGGUGGACUAAUGAGAAAUACGAAAUCUCAAGAAACAAAACCUUGAACCCAAUCCACCAAGAUCAACCCGACGGUAUCCCAAGGUAUGUCCGGAAUAGAUACCCGCACCACGGAUACAUAUGGAACUACGGUGCUCUACCUCAGACCUGGGAAGAUCCCAACUACGUGAACCCCGACACCAACGCCAAAGGCGACAAUGACCCGAUCGACGCUUGUGACAUUGCUCAAGCCGUCUCUCAUACGGGCGAGGUCAAACAGGUCAAGGUGUUGGGUGUCCUGGCGCUGAUCGACGGCGGAGAGACGGACUGGAAGCUCAUCGUCAUCGACGUGCGUGAUCCGAUGGCCAAGGACAUGCACGACAUCGGAGACGUUGAACGACUCAUGCCUGGGUUCCUCACGGCCACGCGAGAAUGGUUUCGUUUGUACAAGGUUCCAAAUGGGAACCCUCCCAACGAUUUUGCAUAUGAUGGCAAAUUCCAGAACAAGAAAUUCGCUCUCGGUGUCAUUGACGAAUGUCGACGUGCCUGGGAUAAUCUGAUCAUUGGAAAGAGCUCACCAGGCAAGAUUAGUUGCACGAACGUGACAGUGGACAAAUCACCCUUUCAAAUAGAUCCCGGCGAUUUGGACAUACCCAAGGAUGAACAUUUGAAGCCGGUUCCAAGACCAAAGGUCAUUGAUGAAUGGUUCUUCCUUCCUGCUCGAGACGUCCCUGACGAACAACAACAUGAGGAUGGACCAUAGCGGCAGAGGAUGUUGUGUUUGUCUGUACUGACCCUAAAUCUCAACAGAGAAACUCCAAUCUAAUGCGAAUCACUCCACUAUAUGGCAUACAGAUUCUUUGUCGUAUCUAAAAUCCCAACCAUCGAUCACGUCUAAAUCUUUUGUCGUGGCACAUCACACCCACAACCCCGUCUUUCCUUUCUUUCAGGGAUUCCUGAUACCACUUAUACGCUACUAUAGCCUUGCCCUCUCAGCGUCAUCUCUGACCCUCACUCCAGCUUUCCUUCCCGGUUCUUUAUCCUUGACCUUCAAGAUCCGCCUCAACAGUUUUCCGGUCGGACUCUUGGGCACCUGGUCGGUGAAUUCGACCUCGACGAUCCACUUGUACCUCACCUUUUUCUCCUUGACGAAUUUCAACAGCGUCCUCCCGACGGCCUCGGUCGGCUCGACGCCCUUCCUCAGCACGACGUACGCCUUGGGC